AUGGAUGCGAGAAAUCUAUUCCAUUGGCUUCGUGAGUAUGUAUACUAUUACAACGUCUUUAUACCCGAGGAAUAUGAUGAUGAUGGUGAUGAACAUCAUACGACACAGAAUCCAACAGCAGUUAUUAAAUAUCAACUAUAUGCUACUCGACUAUAUGUUCCUCUUCUUAUCAUGACCGUAUAUAUUCUCACCUUUAUUGUUGUAAUCUUCCCACCAACUCAACAGGUCAUUGUAACAAACAUAAAUCCAUCCUUGUUCGAACAACUCUAUGAACAACAUGGUGAAACGCUUCAUUGUUCAUGUUCGACAGCUAGUAUACCUUAUAAAGAUUUCGCUACAAACACAGUGGCAUUCCAUCCAUUAUGUUCGAGUGUUUAUGUUAGCAAAGAAUGGAUUGAAGCACUCUACUCACCAUAUGUCAGUGCUUACUUUGCGAUGGAUUUUCGAAAAAGUGCCAGUUCGCAGUUCGAGCUUCUCGCUGCAUUUUGUUUGAUUUGUAACGAGACAAUAUCUCAAUUACUAGCUGAUUUUAAUACUAGACAACUUAUUAGUCUUGAACUCCUGCGAGAUGAAGAUGUUCGAUUUCGCAUCAUGACGGAUGUGGAAAUCGUUAGAGCAAACGCACCUGUUGAAGUUGUUACAACGCUGCAUCUUCUUCAAAUAGCAAAUCAACAGAACUCAUUGAUCUCUGCUCUACGAAGCAAUAUAUUUGUUGGAGCAUACACUCGUAUGGGAAAGUUUGACCACUUAUAUGCUUCAACUACGUAUUACUGGGAUAAUAACAUCACGUUUCUGUAUGAAACUCACAACAUGAAUUGCUACGCAAAAAGCUACAUCACUUUGGCUGGAUUAUAUCCGUACACACCAUUUUACAGUGCUGUGAACAGUCUGUAUUGGCCUGUUAACCCUCCAGACUUUGAACCAAAACCUUCUGCAAUAGUCGAUGGAUUCUUUGGUGGGUGUAACGUGAUUGAUGCUGUACUUGCAAGUACACUUGAUUGCUUGUACAAUACUACUUGUCUCAGUAUCUUUAUCGAUUACUUUCCCAAUCUCAAUCAACUCGAAUCGACUUGGUCCAAUGGCCUUCAAUUUUCAAGUCGAUUAAGAGUUUCCAUCGAUAAACUUUUGACUGAGCUCUUCGUCGAACAAUGGUCGUCCUCAGUCAACUAUUCACAAUAUUUUGCUGCAUGCGCUUCAACUACGUGUACAUAUACUGGAAUCAAUCACAUCAAUAUUUCCUAUACAAUUACUCUCCUACUUGGUCUCUAUGGUGGACUUGUCAUCCUGCUUCGCUUGGCAGCGCCUUUGCUAAUUAACGUAUUCUUCACAUUAAAAUCGCGUUCGACGAAUACUACUUGUAGUUCUGAAGACCUUAUGGCAAACAUUGUCAGAUCUGUUAGAUAUAUACAAUGUUUGAAUUUGUUCAAAUCAAUCAAUCAUCGAACGGCGGCCGAUCUUAAAAUGCAAAGGAUCACGACACGCGUAUAUUUUAUUUUACUUGCAACGGCCAUAUGUAUUUUAAUACUGUUUACAUCGUUGAAUACUCAAACAAUUAUCAACACCAUACCUAAUCCUUCGUUGGCAACAUACAAAAAUCUAUCAACUUCGUAUUCUAACUUGCUUCAAUGUCCUUGUUCCAAUAUCGCAAUCUCAUACCAAACACUGAUGAAUUUCACACCAACUUUCCACCAACUGUGCUCUAGCGAUUUUCUCUCCGAUGCUUGGAUUCAGUCUAUGUCAUGGAUUGAAUACCUAUACAUUGGUGCUCUUAUAUACUCUUGGUUUGGUUUCAGUAGUCGGCAUUUCCGUUUGCUGUCAACUCUUUGUCAAUUAAGUAACGAUACCGUCAAACAUGCCAUCGAUAACUUUGGCAUACAAAAAUUAGCUACGAUCGAUGUCAUCACAGAAGCUAAUUUUACCGCGCAAUUAAAUAGCACACUCAACCAAUUUCAACAAACGCUUGCGAUCAACUUUAACCUUCUCAUUAACAGCAUCCAACUUCUCAUGCAGACGGACCAACCAUAUACACGAAGCGACAAUGCACCAUUAGUUGCUCCNUUGCAUGCGCUUCAACUACGUGUACAUAUACUGGAAUCAAUCACAUCAAUAUUUCCUAUACAAUUACUCUCCUACUUGGUCUCUAUGGUGGACUUGUCAUCCUGCUUCGCUUGGCAGCGCCUUUGCUAA